AUGAUCAAGCUCUACCUUUGCCUACAGCCACUAGGUCAGUUCAGCAGAUCCCCCAACCAUUUCUGCUUCUACUUCUUUAGCUCUUGAACAACAUUUUUCUCAAAGGCAGACAUGAGUUCUUCGGUCCUUAGAACCAGUUUUGUUCCAUGUUUCUGUCCUCAAGAUGCGCGUUCUUUUCCAAUCUCGCAGAGUUUAAAGACUACUGGUCGUCUGCCCCGGGAACUGAAGCUCAAUAGAACGAUAGUUGCUCAGGAAAACAAUGCAAGCGAUGAUCUGGUGAACAGAGGUCAGAUGACAAGGCAUAACAGACUGGCCACAAAGUUCCUCAAUUUCUCAGAAGAGAAGCCCUCCACUCCAAUUCUUGACACCAUAAACUACCCUAUGCACAUGAAAAAUCUUUCCAUUGAGGAACUUGAGGUUUUAGCCAAUGAACUCCGAGAAGACAUUGUUUAUACAGUGUCAAAGACCGGAGGCCACCUAAGUUCAAGCCUGGGGGUGGCUGAGUUGACAGUAGCACUUCAUCAUGUAUUCAACAGUCCUGAAGAUAAGCUUAUAUGGGAUGUUGGGCAUCAGGCCUACCCUCAUAAGAUUUUAACCGGCAGGAGAUCCAGAAUGCAUACAAUUAGGCAAACAUGUGGGCUUGCUGGCUUCCCCAAGAGGGAAGAGAGUGUACACGAUGCCUUUGGAGCAGGACACAGUUCAACAAGCAUUUCCGCUGGCUUGGGGAUGGCAGUAGCCAGAGACUUGCUGGGGAAGAACAACCACGUGAUUUCGGUAAUAGGCGAUGGGGCCAUGACAGCCGGACAGGCAUACGAGGCAAUGAACAAUGCGGGUUACCUUGACUCAAAUCUUAUCAUCAUUUUGAACGACAAUGAACAAGUUUCCUUGCCAACUGCCACUGUGGACGGCCCUGCUCCUCCCGUUGGAGCUCUGAGUAGAUCCCUGACUAGGCUACAAUCCAGCAGAAAGUUCCGCCAGUUGCGUGAAGUUGCGAAGAACGUUUCAAAGCAAAUUGGAGGGAAAUCGCACCAGGUUGCUUCUAAGCUUGAUUUCUAUAUGAAAGGGAUUGUGGGUGGUGCUGAGGCAUGUUUGUUUGAAGAACUAGGACUAUACUAUAUUGGUCCUGUAGAUGGCCAUAAUGUUGAAGACCUUGUCUAUAUUUUGAAGAAGGUCAAGGCCAUGCCAGCCCCAGGACCUGUUCUCAUCCAUGUUAUCACUGAGAAAGGAAAAGGCUAUGCUCCGGCUGAAGUAGCACCAGAUAAAAUGCAUGGUGUCGUGAAAUUUGACCCCAAGUCAGGAAAACAGCUGAAGUCCAAAUCGAGUACUCGUUCAUACACCCAAUACUUUGCAGAUUCAUUGAUUGCAGAAGCAGAAAGAGAUGAUAGGAUUGUAGCCAUUCAUGCUGCUAUGGGAGGGGGUACAGGACUUAAUUUAUUCCAGAAGCGAUUUCCGGAUAGAUGUUUUGAUGUUGGGAUAGCUGAACAACAUGCCGUUACCUUUGCUGCUGGCCUAGCUGCUGAAGGGCUUAAGCCAUUUUGUGCAAUCUAUUCUUCUUUUCUACAAAGAGGAUAUGAUCAGGUUGCUCAUGAUGUAGACCUACAAAAGCUUCCUGUGAGGUUUGCGAUAGACAGAGCUGGCCUUGUCGGUGCAGAUGGUCCAACCCAUUGUGGGGCCUUUGACACAACUUUCUUGGCUUGCUUACCUAACAUGGUGGUCAUGGCUCCUUCAAAUGAAACUGAACUCAUGCACAUGGUGGCCACAGCUGCUGCUAUUGAGGAUCGGCCUAGCUGCUUUAGGUACCCUAGAGGAAGUGGCAUUGGGUCGAUUCUUCCACCAAAUAACAAAGGGACACCCUUAGAGGUUGGUAAGGGAAGGGUGCUAAAGGAGGGAAGUAGGGUGGCUAUUUUGGGUUAUGGGACAAUAGUACAAAGUUGUGUGGCAGCAGCAGAGCUGCUUCAAGUGCUUGGCAUUUCAGUAACUGUAGCUGAUGCACGAUUCUGCAAGCCUCUUGAUGGAGAUUUGAUCAGACGCCUAGCUCAGGAGCAUGAGGUCCUCCUCACUGUUGAAGAAGGGUCUAUCGGAGGAUUUAGCUCUCACGUUUCACACUACUUGGGACUGAAUGGAUUGCUUGAUGGAAACCUCAAGUGGAGGGCAAUGAUGCUUCCUGAUAGAUAUAUCGACCACGGUUCUCAAACCGUUCAGAUCGAAGAAGCAGGGCUUAGUUCAAAGCAUAUCGCCACUACUGUAUUGUCAUUGAUAGGUGAACCGAGGGAUCAGAACCUUCAUCUUCUCCAGAUAUAGAUCAUGAACUCGUUCCAGACAUUAUUAAUGUCACUGCACAAAAUUGUACCUUAUACUUAUUGGACCAACCAGCUGAUAUAUUAGCAAUGAGUCCACUCAAUUAUAUAAAUAUAUAUAUAUGUAAAAUGUAGCUCUAGAAUAUUCAUACAUAAUGUAAUUAAUUAAUUUAAGCA